GUGUUUUGCAGUGUGUGCAUGCAUUUCUGUUACUGGUAGUGCCCCUCAGGAUGGCGAGUCAUCGCCGCUUUAAACCACAGUACUUCCUUCCUUGAGCGGCUUCCUUGAGUCAAAAAGACACUUUUUGUCCAUUAUUUGAAGAUAUUUUCUCUGCAGGAAUGGCGGACACUGGUGUGGAACUGGACAGACUUGUUGCUGCAGUGCCCCAGAAUCCAGAUGAGCAACAAAAAGAUGACAAAUUGGCACAAACAUUGCUGUUUGUCCUGCUGACUGUAGUGCUGUGUGGCAUUGCUGCAGAGGCUUUUUUUAUUAACCUGCUUUACCACCGUGAAUUGGCUGUCUCAAGACUGAAGAACAGAUCAGAACAAGAUGGACCAAUCCGUGGUUUUGCACAUCUGACAGGCGGGUCGGUUCAAGAAAACGAGGUGAUUCUUUGGCAUAUAAAUAAUGUCACUGUUCUCAGCGGCAUGGCCUACAAAGACGCUCUUUGAGGUCCCACCACAGCACUUCAAUCAGGUUGAGGUUUGCAGUAUCACUUGGCCAUUGCUACCAACUUGUUUCUUUCCUUUGUCAGUUAUUUUGUAUGGUCUGAGUUCAUGCAAGCUUUAGUUGUUGGUCUUGUGCUUUGUCCAAGUGCAGCUUUGCGAAUCCAAACAUUGCUGCCAUGUUCUUUUUAGAGUGAAGAGGCUUUCUCUUUCUCAGUCUUUUCUAAUUGUACUAUCAUGAAAUUUAACAUUUAACAUGAUAACUGAGGCCAGUAGAGACCAAGACGUAACUCUUGGGCUUUUGCAGAUUCUAUGAGCACUGCAUGGUUUGAUCUUGAUGUCAGUUUGUUGAGACAUCCACUCAGGGAACAUGGCAUGGUAUGUUUUCCACUUGUGAAUAAUCUUUCUCACUGUAGAAUGAUGGACUUGGAAUUGAUUGAAAAUGACCUUUUAAUAACAGUUGCUUCUCUAAGAUCAUUGCUGAUAUCUUUCCUUUGUACUGAAACACACCUGAAUGCUCCAGACCAGCAAACUGCUGAAACUGUGAUCUUUAUGCUUUUAUGCUCAAUUAAUCAAGUUCAUCUGAUUAGCAGCUCCUGGGUGCUACUUACCCUCUUAUAUCCCAUUAAAACAGCAAGGAUCUACUUUGUUUUUCACACACCUUUUCUGAUGUCAGCUUUUGUUUUUCAAGUUUUUGUUAACAAUAUAAGGUAACUAUGUGAUAUUGUGUCAUGUGUGUUUGUUUAUCUGAGGUUCUACAAGUAAUCUAGUAAGAUUAAGGUGAUUUGUUUUCAUUAUUUCCUGAUAUGUAAAAACUAAUAACUUAAAGAGGGUGUAUUUUCUUUUUGAUGUGCACUGGUAUAUGGCUGAAGUCUCUGGGAGGAUAUAUUAAUUUACCUCAAGGUAAUAAACUUAUAAAUGCUGUGCAGUUUAAUGUCAGAUAAACAUAUAACUCAUGUAUCUCUAUACAUAUGGGAUUGUUGUACCAAUUAUAAUUUUGUUCAGCUGUGCAUAGAUUGUGGUGUUUUUGCUUGAGUUGUAUUUUUGAUUUGUAUUUUACUGUUUUAAUAAACUCCUAAUACCUUGCAGCAGUAAAAUAUGUUAUUUUU